GUGGCGGCUGUCCUCAGGGACCUCCGCGCCGCCGGCCUCACAGCCAACCCCAAGAAAUGCCGAAUCGGGCGGGAAGAAACCACCUAUCUGGGGUACACCCUGGGGCGGGGACAGGUACGCCCCCUCAUCGGAAAGGUUCAAGCACUCCAGGAAUAUAAGGCGCCAACCACGAAGAGGCAGGUGCGUCAAUUCUUGGGCCUAGCCGGCUAUUACCGGCAGUUCGUACCCCACUUUGCGACCAUUACGGCCCCUCUAACAGAACUCCUGACCAAAGAGAGCCCCCGUAGAGUGUGCUGGUCUGACGACUGCGAGAGGGCCUUUCAAACUGUCAAAGACCGCCUGUGUAGCGAGCCCGUACUCUUCAGCCCGGACUUCGAUCGUGACUUCAUUGUCCAGACCGAUGCCUCCGCGUGGGGCGUGGGGCUUGGGGCUGUCCUCUCGCAGGAGGUGGACAGGGAGGAGCAUCCUAUUGUUUACAUCAGUCGGAAACUGUUCCCCCAGGAGCGGAACUACUCCGUCCUGGAGAAGGAGGCCCUAGCUGUUAAGUGGGCGGUUGAUGCUCUCCGCUACUACCUCCUCGGGGCCCCCUUUACACUGGUCACAGAUCAUGCACCCCUGAAGUGGCUCAACAGGAUGAAGGACGCGAAUGCCCGCCUGCAGCGGUGGUAUCUCACACUACAAACCUACGCCUUCACGAUCCGCGAUCGGGCGGGACGGGACAACGCCAAUGCGGACUUUUUCUCCCGUCUGGGGGAGGCUGGGGACGCCAGCUCCGAGGUUCGGGAGCUGGAUUUGAGGGGUGGUGUAUGUAGGGGGCCAGGGUGGCUGCCCUCCGAACCUGAGGGUAAAGGGCCUUUCCCUCAGCCUGAGUGGGCGGGGCCUACACUGCCAUCGACUGCUGCUGUUCCUGCUUUCCAGAAAGCUCAGCAAAAACCUAUCCUGAAGACCACACUUGGUGCCUCACGGAAGACCCGGACCAUCUGCAAGAACAAAAACAUUAGGAGCUGGCUGAAGAAAACCCCCGUGGAUACCUCUGCAGGGAGACCUGGCUCCAGAAGGACAGCUCUUCGGGACCUCACAUACAGGAGCCAGAAUAUCUCAACAGCUCUUCAGGAGGAGGACCCCCGGAGUACCCUGCCCACUUCCCAGGACCAGGAUGCUGAGCGCCGCCUCGCCGGGAAGGACGCCACCGGAGGAGCCCCCCCGACGACCCAAGACCAGAAUGCUGAUUGCUGCCCCGCUGCUCCAGAGAGGGAUGGUUCAGAAGGAACCACCUCCUCAACCCCAGACCCCAAAACUACUUACCACCCGGCUCUUAAGGUGGCCAAAUUUUAUUCCCCACCUGGGAUUUUGUCCCUUAGAAUCUCUGGGGACAUUAAGGAGCUCAUUGAGGAGCUGCCUGAUAACUCUCCACCCGGCGCCUUCCUCGCUAACUCCCUGAUUGCUGUGGGCAACCUCAGCACCAUGACACCUGCUGUGGAGCCAGAGCUGGAGACCCACCUCCUUCGAGCUGCCCUGCACGCCGUCUUCACCCUGGCCAUGGAGAAGGACACCGCCCAAGUGCAGGAUCUGCCUAGGGUCUUGCCAGACCUGCUGGACGCCAUGCUGGGGAACCUGCUGGCAGACUCCCCAGACACCGAAAGGCUCCAGUACAUCUUGGAGCACAUUAACUACUGGAUCGUGUCCAGGGUGCCGCGAGAGAGAGCCAGGGCCGUUAAGAGCAGCACGGCCCUGCUCAGAUUCACCAUCACCCUCCCUGAGUUUGACAACUCAGCGGAAUUCCCCAGGAUGGGUCACCACAUGGCACAGCUGGCUCUGUCCGUCAGUGACCCAGCCAAGGACAUCAGCCGGCAGGCCAGGGAUGGGGUUUACCGGCUCUACCAGCUGCUGCUGCACCAGAGGGAUAAGGAACCCAGCUGGGAAAUGGCACCCGCUAGAAGAGUGAGACUGGGACCCCAGCCAAUUUCUCUCAGACUGACCCCGGCUGGAGGAUGAGUCUCUCUAUCUCUUUCUGUGUUCCACACCACGCCCUGCAAUUCUGUUGGGCCAGGCACGCAGCGAGGACUCUGCCCACUGUGCAGCCACCAAUGGGAUUGGAAGGACACAAGCCCUGCAACCAGAAGGACAAAUGUGUGUGUCUCUCUCUCCCUGUCACCUACUCCCUCCUGGGGGAAACCCAGCAGCUGAUGGGGGAAAAGUUGAGCAGCUGCAUUAGACUCAGGAGAUUGGGGCGGGGCUCAGGCCUCAUUCCCAUCCUGUGGCCAUUCGCUGGCCUGGCACAAGGAGCCUGGUGGGGAAUGAAAGGGAGAGCAGGUGCUCCUGGGAAGGGAGAUGAAUUCACCUCCAUGAGCAGGAGCGAGCCAGCUUGUCUCCGGAGCAGCUCCACCCAGCUCUUUAGCCAGGUUAAUUAAUGACAAGUUUUGCCUCAUCCCAGACUUAUGUUCUUAGGACAGGGUGCUAUCGCUCUUGGGAAGGGCAGGAGAGUCCCCCAAGUGCCCUCUGCGAGACUCUCCUGUCCCACAGGGCCGCACCCAAUUCCUAGUGGUCUGGUGUCUGUGUCACCCGAGCCACCAUCCAGAGUUGCUCCCAUCACUGGCAGCCUGGGAGGCCAAGGACUGACGGGUGAUGGCGUCUGACCAGGCAAGGCUGAGGCACAUGGGCAGGGGACGCUUGUCCUGCUGCUGGCAAGGCUGGACCCCUUCUGGAGAGAACAGGAGGAUUCAGUCAGCAGUAGGGUUACCAUGUCUAAUAAAUAAAAAAAGAGGACCCUCCAUGGGCCCUGGCCCCGCCCCUUUCC